AUGAGUGCUUCGCCUUCGCUCAACGUGGAUGUCAGAGACAUCCGCCUCCGGGGCAACAGCCCUGUGGCCAAGAAGGGCCAGAAUCUCGGCUCAGGAAGGCCUCUUGCAAACCUGAAUCCCUCCCAAGCCGAGGUGGCGAGAGGCCUGGCUACCGGCUCCCGGCGGCUGGCGAAGAUCUCGGGCCUGGCGCUGUUCGGCAUUAUCUUCCUGUUCGCCUUUCUGGGCUGGCCUGGGUUUGUCAUUGAAGAUGAUGCGACACACAGGGGGAUCCUCGCGGCUCUGUUCUUGACCGGGAUCACCCUGGUGGCUUUGGAGGACGUCAUACGCCUCGACAAGGCAGCGAUCAUGCUAGUCUUGGCCUCUGUCAUGUGGACUUACCACGCUGCGCAGAAGCACCCGACGAAAUCAGCAGCCGGGCACCAAUUGCUCCAUCACGAGCUAUCAAAGGGCUUGACGGAUGUCGGGAGCGUCAUUCUGUUCCUUCUGCCUGCCAUGGGCAUUGUAGAGUCGAUCGACCACAUGGAUGGAUUUGCUGCUGUGACCGCUUUCAUUGUCCGGCGCACACAGAAUCAUCCCGAUCGCCUGAUGCCUAUGAUUUGUACCCUCGCUUUCUUCCUAAGUUCUGUGAUUGACAACUUGACCGCCACCAUCGUGUGCAUCAAGAUCCUGAAGCGCGUGGUGCCUCACAAUCAGGAUUGGAGGCACUCCUGUGGCGGUGUCGUGGUCGUUGCGGCCAACGCUGGGGGCGCUUGGAGUCCAAUCGGCGAUGUGACGACCACCAUGCUAUGGAUUCAGCACAGGAUCUCGACCUUCGGAACAGUAGUUUGGCUGUUCUUUCCCUCUCUCGUGGCCGGCUUCAUCCCGCUCUUCGGGAUCUGGUGGCAGGUAGGCUCUUGUCGACCAGAAGAAGGCAAUGCAGUAUCAGACUCUUUGAGCACACAGAAUCGUCGACCCAUUGUCCUAUUGCCCUGGAAAGGCCAAGCGGAGUCAGGCAAGAUGACUUUGCUUGUGGGAGCCUUGACGGAACACGAUUGUGAUUUCCCGCUCUUCACGGGGCAAAGGCUCCCACCCUACCUUGGCAUGAUGAUGGCGCUGGGCGUUUUCUGGCUGGUCUCCGAGAUUUGCGAUUUGGGCCUGGUCGAGGGUGAUGAGGAGACCGGGCCGCUCCAUGGGCUGAAAGGGGUGCCUGCCGCCUUGCACAAGGUGGACUUGAGCAGCCUCCUCUUCUUUACCGGUGUGCCUUGGAUGUGCCGCCAAUACACCUUACUUCGCAUCAGGAACACAAGACUCUCUCAAGUGUUUAUCGCAACUGUUGAUCGCGAAGGGUGGCAUUAA